GCAAGAAGCUGCGCAGUGACUGUUUUUUUAAAUCAUGAACGAUGGAGGCGAAUGUUUUGAUGGAGUCUCGGGACUAAAAUAAGCUGUGCUCUUGUGGUUUGAAUCACAGCCGCUGCUUCAACCGAUGUCAUAUUAUGUGUAGGAAGAUAUCUGAGGUGAAUUUAGUGUGACUAAAGUAAGACGGGGCCAGUUAGCCAACACCGUUCGCUGCUGCGGCCUUAGCUACCGUUAGCUUUCCUUUAAUGAGCUCACCGCGCGGCUCUCUCGUAAACCGCUGUUUCUACUUGACACUACAGCUCCAUCAGAAAUGAUUCCGUAAUAUUUUAAAACUGUAUUUAUCGACCAUUACCGUACCUUUUAUAAUAGAAGUUUAGCUCGUCGGAAAGUGAGCACUGCUUGUUGAGACCAACCCCCGGAGGAGCGGAUAUCCGUGACCCGAGAGUUCCUUUAAGAAUAACACUAUUUAAUACCCUCAGCAAACAUGUCUUUAACGUUGGUUGCCUACGGCAGCAGUGACGACAGUGACUCGGAAGACACUCCUGCACCACGGGAGAGCAAAGUUGGCUCCCGGGGGCUCUUCUCGGCCCUGCCGUCUCCCAAGAAGCCAGCAUCGACCCGAGGACCGAGAAAGGAGACGAAAGCCGAGACGUCCGACGACGACCAAACGUUAGACCCGCAGUCAUCCAAAGCGGGAUUACUUUCCAGUCUGCCCAAACCCAAGAAGCGAACCGAGCCCGUCAAGAUCAGUGUACCGCAGAUCCAGAGACGGGAUUCAGACUCUGACGACGAUGAACCAGCGAAGAAGAAACUACAACCCCAGGGUUCGGGCCUUUCCUCCCUUCUACCACAACCCAGAAACCUGUCAAUCAAGGCGAUGGAUAGAGCCCUGAUUCCUCACACACUCACCAAGCGCCAAGAACCAAAAGGACCCAAGUCCGGAAAGCCUGCUCAGGGUCUGUUUGAUUCGAGUGCGUCUCCCUCUGCUAUCAAAGCUGCGGCAAAGUCAGCUGCCUUGCAGGUGGCUCGACAAAUCGCCACAGACGACCAGGACGAGGAGGACAUAAGCCCACAAAACUACUUUUCUCUGGGCGAGAGCCCCCAGCGCCUCCCCGCAGUCGCCCCGAGUUUAGACCCCGAACCAGGAGCCGCUGCAGAACCUGUGGCACUUGUACUUGCCCCUGCAGAGCCUGUUGCAUUUGCACUUGCCCCUGCAGAACCUGUUGCGCUUGCACUCGCACCUGCAGAUGAGCCGGGUCAGUCGGAUGCACCUCUCGACUUUGGGGGGAGCCAUGAGGGAGCUGGUGCGUGGGCAGGUCAAUAUCCUCUGUAUCAACAGCCCGUGGCUGGCCCAGAAUCUCUCCCUCAGGGAUACUAUAAUGAGCCAUACUACCAAGAUCCUGAAACUGGAUCGACAGAGACUGAAGAGCCCGGCAACUCUGCCAUGUUUGACGAUGAAGCAUUCAUGCGGCUGCAAGGGAAACGGAACAGAGGCAAAGAGGAGGUGAAGUUCCUGGAGAUCAAAGGAGACGACCAGCUAAGCGGCAACCAGCAGUGGAUGACCAAGAGCAUGACCGAGGAGAAGCAGAACCGGCAGUCCUUCAGCAAGAAAAAUAAAGAACUUCCUACAGGACAACAGCGACGCAAGCAUCAGAUAACUUAUCUCAUUCACCAGGCAAAGGAACGCGAGUUGGAGCUGAAGAACAGCUGGGCGGAUAACAAGCUGACCCGCCGGCAGACGCAGGCCAAAUACGGCUUCUAGAAGUCAUACUAUGGACUCUUGGUGGCAUGUGGAAACCCUGUAUUAGAAAGUAGUUUCCCACAUAUCCCUACACACUGGGAGGAUUUAUGUUUGGGAAGACAUAAUACACCCUCCUGUAUUUGUGUUAUUAUAUUAUUUAGUACUUUUCUCCAACUGUUUCAUAAGGUUACUUUUGUACGGUCGUUAAUUCUCCUUCCACAGUCAUUUACAGUAAACAUAGGCUCCUCUACAGUUUGUAAGGUACCCGUGGCCAAUCAGUGGCAGAUGAUGUAAUGUGUCCUUGAAGAGGCGAUUAUAAAUGUUUUUAUUUGGAAUCGUCCGGUUUCCUCUUCAUGUAGUGAACAGGAAUCACUUCUUGAUGGCGUUUGAUGGAUACAGUCCACUCUACAAACUGGUUUGGUUGUCUGGCAGUCACACAAAUCUUAGUAAAACGUUGCUUUUGAUAAUAAAAUGAACCACAGGCAAUAGAAAGCUGCAUCGCAUUUUGUAAAGACAAACCUGUUGCGCUGCAGUGGCUCACAAUAACUCAUUAAAGUAAGGCUGUAAACACGUCCACGUCUGUCACUUAUUUCAGCCCUAAUUUUCUUUCAUACCUGCAUCAGUUCGACAUCCAGCAGGCAUCUUGCUCUAGUAGUUUUCUCCUAAAUCCUUUGAGAAGUCUUUUAUUAGUGUGUUACGGGCAGUGGGGAAACCAUUUAGCCUCUUCACUCUACUCUAAAUAGCAAUCACAUUAACCUCUUGAGUUUUAUUUUAGGUGGCUGAAAGGAGGCUGUAACCAUCUUUCUGCUGCUCCAGUUAGUGGAAGAUUCUGCUGUGUAAAUGAAUGAGUGGCUUUCCUUCUGCCGGUGAGCCAGAUUCUUUCUCAUACAAUGAAGCCGUGUUAAAGUAAACUGUUCCAUGUGUUGAAACAAAUUACUAUCCUAGAACACGUAGCAUUUUACCAAUGGCUGAGAACUUUAAGCGUGUUGUGCAGUUAAAAUUGAAAGAAUAAAAAUGUUUCCUUCUCCAACUUCA